AUGGAGCACAUGUUACUCCUAUUCAUAUUUUUCAUACCUAUAUUGGGUCUCACUAAUGGAACAGAAACUGAACAAGAUUUUACUUGGCACUUGAAGAAGAUUCCCCAGAUUGUGAGCGAAAGAACUUUCCCCCUUGAGAGCCCUAAAUUUGAAGCAAAAACCAAAUUAGAGCUGAAGAGUGUAUGUGGAAUCGAAUGUCAAAGAAAAUUGCCAGUGCCAAGCUCGUCUGACUUGAAGGACCUCUUAUCCUAUGAGACCGUUUUUGAAAACGGCACACGGACCCUGACUGAAGUGAAUGUCCUUGGACUAGUGCUUGACCCAGCUGGAAACACAACCACACAAAGGUCUUCGAGAAAGAAGAGGCAGAUAUAUGGAACGGACAGUAGGUUCAGCAUCUAUGACAAGCGGUUUAUGACCAACUUUCCGUUCAACACAGCUGUGAAGAUCUCCACCGGCUGUAGUGGCAUUCUCAUUUCCCCCAAGCAUGUGCUAACAGCUGCCCACUGUCUGCACAACGGCAAGGAUUAUGUUAAGGGCAGCAAAAGACUGAGGGUAGGCCUGAUGAAGACAAAAUCCAGAGGCGACGGCAGGAAACGCAAAGGUGCUAAAAGAAGUAGGAGAGACGUUUCUGCAGCCCAAGAGGAUCCCAAAGUUGCCACAGAACUAAGGCGACAAUCCAGAGGUGGUGGGAGAAAGCAGAGGAGAUCUGGGAGGAAGCAGGGGACCUCAGAUGGCACGCCCUCCUUCCAGUGGACCAGGGUGAAGAGUACCCACAUCCCGAAAGGCUGGUUUAAGGGUGUCUCUGGGGAUAUUGCUCUGGAUUAUGAUUAUGCUGUUCUUGAGCUCAAGCGUCCCCACAAAAGGAAAUACAUGGAGCUGGGAAUCAGCCCAACAAUCAAAAUGAUGCCUAGGAGCAUGAUCCACUUCUCAGGUUUUGACAAUGAUCGAUCCGGACAGCUGGUCUAUAGAUUUUGUAGCAUUUCUGAUGAGUCCAAUGAUCUCUUUUAUCAGUACUGUGAUGCUGAGCCCGGCUCCACUGGAUCUGGCGUCUAUCUCCGUCUUAAGGAGCCGAACAAAAAGAAGUGGAAACGCAAGAUCAUCGCUGUUUACUCAGGCCAUCAGUGGGUGGAUGUCAAUGGUGAACAGCAGGAUUACAAUGUAGCAGUAAGAAUCACUCCUCUCAAAUAUGCCCAGAUUUGCUUCUGGAUACACGGGAAUGAUGAGAAUUGCACACAAGGCUGAAGAGGGCUGAACCUGACUCGCUUAGCACCCGUAUUACCAUAGAGUGAAAGUCUGCUGCAGCAGUUACUGGAAGAACAUCACUCCACGUCAGGAUGUUUUUGAACUCAAAGCUCACAAGUAAUGUUACGGUGACUUGAGGAACGCUGAAUUGCUGGGGGAUGGGUAGAAUUGUCAAACAAAAUAUUUCUAAUUGUAAUCAACCCUAGAUAUGCACUUAAAAUCCCAAACUGUAUUUAUGUUUGCAAUUGUGAUAAAUCGAAAUCAGUCACAUCAGAAAAAAAAUGACUACACCUGUUUGUCAUUUUUUUUCCAAGGGAAGGAUUGAAACGUCUCAAACUGGUAUUAUUAAACAAUAUCUAUUUUUCCAAUG